GAAUAAUUGUAUCAACCAAAUUAUAAGUUACUAAUCGGCUAUUUAAUCUUCCAUCCUUAAUUAUAAUAAUUGUGAGAACCAAAUUCAAUUAAGUUUGGUGACAAAUCGAUAAGGUCAUGUGCUCAGCAAUACUGUGCAUCUGUAAAGAAGAUAUCAGAUAGUUGAAAUUAAAACUGACUACUGAUAUCGAUACUAAUUACUGUUGUUUACUUCUUGAAACCCAUUGUUUUAGAUUGAAAAAACAUGCAACUUUUAACUCUGUGACCAAUAUUGAUAUUUUCCAGGAAACUUAUUUCGAUCAGAAUUGAUCCAAAUAAUUACUAUGAUAAUUAUUGCAAGAUCAUUUACCGAAGACAAAUGGAUAUGUAAUUUAACCAUUAAAUGGUUACACGAUAUAGACUUGUAAUGGCUAUCCAAUUGAAUGUCUUUUGUAAAGAAAUUGCGUGCCCUUAAUUAAUUAUUAAUCAACUGGUAAGGAACUUAAUCUAAUGGUAAGGACAAUUAUGAGCAACACACCAAAUAGGUCUAACAUAAAGGUGGUAAUAACUCAAGUGUAAACAAUGAUGAUCCAAAAGAAAUGACGCCGUUGAUUGUAUUAUGAUUAUAUUUACGCUAAUGCAUCUUCACCACAAUUAAAGUGAUUACCAAUGGCCGUACGGAUUGAAUCUGUGAUUGCUUUUUUCGGCUGUUUUCCCAUUUACCUUGCAGACUAUUUGGCUAACAAAGGAAAAAGCAAGAAAUUUUCUCAAAUUUUAACCACAGUCUAUCACAAUUUAGCUAAAUAUUUGUCCCUUUGUCUGUUAUUAAUUACUAUAUUAGUGAUUCCUCCAUUCAGUGACUACACAGCAACCCUGAUUAAACCCGAAAAUGACCGUAAUUCACCAUUUUAUGCGUUGAUCGUCUCCAACCUAAUCUCUAAUGUAUCAACUUACUUUAUCGCUGGUUAUGCAUCCAACUCAAACUCAAUAUUGAUGAAAUGGACUGAAAUAUUUCAGUUUCUAACUCAAUCAAAGGUUUCAUCAAAGAUUGACAAUGCUCCUGAUACAAUGCAAAAACUGUCCUCCUUUGCUCACCAAUCAGCCUUAAAGUGUAUUUACUCUAUUAUUGUACGUGCUCUGAUUAUUAUCACCAUUUUAACUCUCCUGUACCUUUACGAAGGUUUAACCCUAUCAUUUACAGUCUACGGUAAUAACCAGUUAAUUCAAUUAACCCUGUUCACCCUCUUAACCAUCCAUCUGACUAUAUUUGCUAGUCUUGACCAUGUUAACUCACAUCUAUUUGAAAUUUUGGUUCAAUAUUUUGUCCUCAAGUUUCGUGUUAUAAAUGAUAGGAUUGCUGUUAUUGUUAAAAAGGGUAAAGAUGGAUCCAACAAUCAAAUUAAAUCAUUAGACGAAGCUGAGCUCAAAUCUAUUCUGGAUGAACAUGACCUGUUGAAGGUUAAUCUCAAGCUUUACGAUAAAUACUGGUCACAGAUAAACAUCGUCACGUUGAUUCUCAAACCCUUGACCUGUCUCUAUUGUGUUUUCCAGUUAACCUUCAUUGUUCAAUCAACUGCUUCAAUUGUUUUCCUUUGGUUACAUCUCAUUGAAUCAGUUUAUUUAUUUACCAAAAUGUUUCUAUCAGGAACCAAAGUAUCAGAUGAAAUUGAUAGUGUUGCUGCUAAUGGACUACGGUUAAUCUUAUUCAGCUAUUCAAUUCCAGUUCUGCAAAGGCUUCAAUUAUUCAAUCAACACAUCAUGUUCACUGAGAUGGGGUUCAGUUGUGGAGGAUUAUUUAUAUUUACACUUGACUCGGUUCAUGAUGCUUUCAUUGAACUGACUCAAGAUUUUCUGUUAACCCUUGACUUUGUGAUUACAGUGAGACAAGCCAAAUCUCAAUUGAAUUAGAGACUGGAUUCCUGAUGCAUUUGGUACCGAUCAAAUUGGCUAAAAAGAUUCAUUUAAUUUCAUGAGCAAAAAAUUAUAAGCUAACUGGUUUUCCCUCACAAUUACCCACUGAUUAACCGUUUUUGCUUGAAAAUUACUUCACCUGUCAACGCUGAUCAAUUGUCACAAAAAAGUCGGUUAAUAUAUUCAAUCAUCUGUUCACGAUUGAAUUAUUUCUAGUCAGUUACGCGCAAUAUCUCAUGUUCAUCAAAACCAACAAUAUAUCUUGUGUGUAGAAAGAGUUUGGAUUCAAUUGAAAGCCACGGAUGCCAUUAAAUUGAUUGUAAUUGGAAAUAAUCUGUGGUCCAAAACUCAUACUACCGACAAUUAAUCUAGUUAAUCUUGGUAACCAGCAUGAGCUUUUAAAUUGAAAGUGUUCACAUUGAAUGUAACAAAAACUAUGUAAUAUUUGAAACUAAAUUAUAGAAAUACUUUAUUGAUAAAUUAAGUGUUUUGAAUCAAUUAAAUGAUUGGGAUUACAAUCAUUGACUAUAAUUGCGAACUCAUAAAGAGUAAAUAUUUUAAAUAUGGAUUUGUUCAUCAUGUAACAAUCAUUUGUUCAAAAGAAACAACUCAAAGAUUGAUUCAUUUUGGAACAAAUCGUACCAUUUUUUGUACGCAGCAUUUGACUCUUUCAGCUCUGUAACCAUCACAAGUUCAGUGAUUGAAAUGCCACAUAUUGAAUUUUACAUCAAUACUAAUAUCUUUAUGUGGCUGUAUAAUUGUUACAAUUAAUAACCAGAAAUACAGAGUCAAUGGGUUGGUACAGGUUACAUUUUUGGUUUACAUAUUUUGGAAAGUUCAACAUUGAGUCUUUGAUAAAUUACAAUCAAGAAAUAAAAUGAAAUGGAUUUGCUUGUUACCAAAAAUAAUUAUCAAUAUAAUUUGCUUUGUCCAAGAAGAUUUAAAUUGUUGAUAAUCAGUAAAAUAGUUAACUCUGUUGUUUUCAUCUUGAUAAUUUAUCCUCUCUUGAUCAUCUAAAAUCUACAUUUGAAAGCUAAAAAUAUACUCUGUUUUGCUGCUAGUAAAUUAAUUACAAUCAACUGUUUAUCCAUUUAGUUAAAAUUAAAUUCUUUCCUUGAUUAAUCUAUUUUAAUGUUGCCGACCAUUUCUAUCACAACAAUUGUAAAAAUAAAUCAAGGAAA